GUUGUUUCAGUUACAUUAAUUGGCUUCUUCCUAGCUAUAAAAUGUUUUAACUGGAUUAAAACAUUACAGCUCAAUUAUCUCGUCAGGACAUUUCAAGAAGUGCGAUUUUCUGCACGCUAGCCUGACACGAAUCAAACGAAAAUAACAGAAAUGGCGUCAAUUCCACUUGUUCCCAUGGCUAGAGUUUAUUGGACUUUUAAGCUGGCGACCUCGACUACAACUGCGUAUAGGUUACAAUUGGGUACUAAAUGUGCCUAUAAAGCAGAUUGAUCGUGCUCGUCCAACCAACCACCCAACCAUUUAGUCGCGUUUCUCACGCUCCGUUGAGCAAGGUGGAUUUUGCUUUCCGACAAAUAAAUAAAAGCCGAGAGGCAUUGCAGUGGAAAGAGUUUCUAUUGUUUUGCAUUCGAUCUGAUGAGCUAUUGACUGAGGGACACACAAAAUUUUAUUCGCUUUGACCCCAAUUGAAGCACUCUUGUUUUCAGCUCCCCACUGCAUAUCUAAUUAUUUACUUUCGAUCGCUGAACUUUUUAUUUGAUUUCACUUUAACCGGUAAAUUUUUUCCUUGAAAAUUCAAUUUUAUACCUCUGGAAAGUUAAACGUGUUUUCAAGUUGUGGUUCCACUACAAUGGCAAUCGAAGAUUCUUAAUUGUCUAAAAGGUAAUGUCAUGAAUCAGUGGAGUUCUUUGAAAAGUUUCACCGCAUUAAAUACCAAGAGCGGGAAAUAAUAAUACUUCUCUUCAUGCGAAAUGAUUUGCAUAAGCGUCUAGUAAAUGCCUUCCAGCCCGGGGAAAUUUUAAAUAGUUUAUUGCUUUCCUCUUCACUUGAAACAAUACUCAGUCGCCGCUGAAAGGUGCUCUGGUCCAGAAAACAAUCUCUCUCGCUUUAUCAGAGGGUUCGAAACGAGAUCGAGUAUAUCGCACCGUCAAAUCAAAAUUUAAAAUGGACAUCCGCACGCAGGCACUACUUUCUAUCUUUCCACCUGCCAGAUCCAGCAGCACAAUAGUUUGCGAAUACAUCAGCGUGCGGCUAUCAAAACAGCGAGCGAGACGAGCGCACAACACAUACAUCCGAUCAGGACCCUGGCUGGAGAAGGGAGGGGUGGCCGACAGGAAGCCACUGUGACAAUCACCUUUUUAAUUGUCAGGCAGGCCAGCUAAGCGUGACGCAGAGUCAAUGUGCCCUGCACCGAGCACGCUGACUCACGCGCCUCACUUUCAGUGUCAACCACUUUGGUCACCUUUCUUGCCACUUUCCCCCUCCGCCUGCCCGCAAGAGUCCCAUCUGCCCCGGCGCUGACCGCCGAUCUGCUUUGCAUAUUUUCUCCUGUCCGCCGAGCGCUGGGUUACGGUGGCCGCCUUUGUGGCCCCCUCGCCCCGCACUGAUUCGCUCCAGGGCCUCCGGCGGGGGGUCCUGAGAAGUUGUCGGCUUCUCCUGAAGACUCCUCAGCACCACUCGCACCUCGACCGUCGUCAAGUCAACAGAUGUCAGCUACGUGGAUAUUAAUAUCAAUUGCCGGCCUUGUGGGCCUGGCCGGAGCUUAUGAAGGACGCUCGCUUACCCGCGACACAGCCUGGUGGUCAGCCCCGGAGCCAAAAUGGCAAAGCAAAAUUUUAUCAGCUGUGCUGCCAGCCAGCCGUUAUUGGGGCAACCCGUCGCCACAGUUCCAACCACAGCAGCAACCCUAUCAACAACAUCAGCAGCCCUACCAACAGCAGCAGCAGUACCAGCCUCAAUACCCCCAACAGCCCUAUCAAUCUCAACAGUACCAGGCGCAGCCCUACCAGAGUCAACAAUUCCAGGCGUAUCAGCAACAACCGAGUCUAUCCAACCAGCCCAGCAACUAUCAGCAAAUCCAAAUUCCCAGGGCGAGAUACCUCAGGGGCGGACCGCAAGGAGAUGUUUACGACUACAACCCUCGCCAGCCUGCCCCAUGGUCUGUUCAAUUGGGAACAAGUCUAGUUGUUAAAGAUGACCAGGCUCGAGGGGUGCACUAUGGCGACAAUAGGCGUUAUUAUGUCCAAAGCCAGAAUGAAAACCGCAGAUGGCCCUGAAUAAGGUGCAAGCCACUAAGGGCAAGAAUUUGACGGCCAGUGAUGCUUUUUAAAGUUUAACUUAAAUUACAAGUUGCUCUUAAUAGAAUGUUUUAAGUUAAUAAAGAUUUUUAAACAACUUCAGAA